CUUGUCAUGCACCGGCACACAGAGUUUCAUCUACCUUUGGCAACCCCCAAUUUCAAUUCCAAGGCCUCUAGUCCUGUUUGUGCUAGUUUCUGUGCUAGCCGGCAACCCGACCUCCGGACCGGAGGAAGACCGCGGAGGCCCGGAAAGCAUCUCGCGAGGACCGAACGGACGGCCACGAGGCCUGUUACAAGAGUUGGAGACGAAGCCUAGAGAGGAAGACAGGGGUAGAAAAGUGGUUUAGAGGCAUAGAAUAGGACUGAAAACGGCGUUUAAAGGAGAUAGAAUGUCUGCUGCCGCAAAGACAAUUAGAAUGGUCAUCAUGGGUGCUCCGGGAUCGGGAAAGGGCACCCUGACCUCGAGGCUCUUGAAGAAGCUUCCGCAGAUCCACUCCUUGUCGACAGGCGACAUCUUGAGACAAGAGAUCGCCAAAGGGAGCGCCAUUGGGACCACGGCGAAAAGCUUCAUCUCGAGGGGUGACCUUCUGCCCGACGAGUUCAUGGCAAGACUUGUGGAGAACGAGUUGCAGGCCCAAAAGUGGCUGGAUGGGAAGACGUCCUUCCUGCUGGACGGGUUCCCAAGAACGGUGGCCCAGGCUGAGGAGCUAGUGCCCGUGCUCAAGCCCCAUGGCGCUGACAUCAACUUUGUCGUCGAGCUCAGCGUCCCCCCCGAGGUCAUCCUUGAGAGGAUCGACAACAGAUGGGUACACUCGUCGGGCCGGGUCUACAACUUGCAAUACAACCCCCCAAAGGUCCCUUUCAAGGACGACCUCACGGGCGAGCCGCUCUUCAAGAGACCGGACGACAACCCGGAGACCUUCAAGGUUAGGCUCGACAAGUACUUCGCCGAACUCAAGCCCAUCCGGGACUACUACGAGAAGCAGGGCGUCUACCACGUCGUUCGUGGGGAGACCUCCGACAUCAUCUUCCCGAAGCUGUACGCUCUUGUCGAGAAGCAGCUUGCCCCAUAGCCAUGUACGCAUUACUCUUGUAGAAAGCAACCCGGUAUUUCGACCGAUAAUGAGAAGAUAAAUAAAAAAUGGGGCACGCCCUGUGCCUGGCACAGCCAGGCACGCCGGUAGCGGAUACCAACCCUGGAAGGACGUUUUUUUUGCUUGGUAAUAUACCUCUUUCUUUGACCAACGUGAUAACUGGG